GUUGUAGAAAUUUGGUUUGGUUUAGUUGUGUCGUUCUGUUCUUCUUUGCAAGGUCGUGGUAAAAGAGUUAAUUUUUGGUAUUAAUGUUAAUCUGGGAACAAGUAGGUCAAUAGUUGAGAUCCAAGCUGAGUCAUUGGGCUCAGGCUUGAUUCAAUAUAAUGAUGAUGGUUAAUCUCAAUUCUACUAGUUUAUUGCAAAUUGAUGGAAGUUCAGAUUAUCUACAUGCAUCUCUGUGCUUCCAGAUCUGCACUGACCUUUAUACAGGCAACCUUCCCUUUCAUUUUUUUGUAAAGAGGUUGUUUUCAUAACUCGAACCCAUGACUUCCGGUCAUAAAAGAGCAAUCUUACUGUUGCUACCAAGGAUCGUUCUUUCACAUGGCAUUACGAAUUCAUUUUAUUAAGGUUUCCUGUGGAAGACUGAUGAGCAUGGAUGGAUAUGUGACUCGGAAUGUUGAUUUUCGUCUUCCAGAAUUGGGUGAAAUUCACUCCAACGAAGGUGCUGCUUUUGAUUCUAAUGAUGUUGGAGAAAUAGGAAGUGCCAUGGAAGUUCUAACUCGAGUGGACUUGGACUUGGCAUAUUCUUCUGAGAAAUUGGCAAAUUUAGAAAAAGUUUUGAUGCAUGUGUUGGCUUGUGAAAAUGACCUUGAAGCAAUGGCCUUGGAUAAUGACAACAAUUCAAUAAACCUAAUGGAGAAAGCAUUGGUAUUUGAUUUCUUAUCUGGUUUCUUAGAUUCUGAGGUAAAUGAGCUGGAGAGUUUCGUGCUUGCUCUCCAUCCAGUGAUUGUCGAUGCUCAUCAUAAGCUAUUUGCAUUUAGUCAUUUGAAAGAAAUUUUCAUCGUAAUGGAAGGCAAAUUGCGGGAUUCUGAAGAACUGUUGAAUCAGUCACAAGAGCAAGUCUCGGAGAUCAGUAAGCAGUCAUCCAAGUUGCAGAAUGCCCUGUUAGCUUUGAAACAGAAUGACUGGAAAUGUGAUGGGGGAGCAGUUCUAUCAGAAAAUGGUGAAGUUGAAAAUACGGAUGAGAAAUUGAAAAUGCGGAUAGUUGAACAAAAAAGACAUAUUUUAAGAAUGCUGGAGAAAUCUCUUGGAAGAGAGCUAAAUCUUGAGAAGAAAUUGUCAGAAUUUAAACAAAAUGAAGAAGAUUUGAAGUUGAAGCUACGCUUAACAGAAAAAGUAGCUGUCUGUAUGGAAGAAGCAGCAGAAGUUGUCUGGGGAAGGUUUCUAGAGGCAGAAAAUGCUGCGGAGGUGCUGAUGGGCAUAUCAAAGGAAAUGGUCGAUCGACUUCAAAUUUUUCAGUUCAAUGUAAAUGGUUCAACGCAACGAGAAAAGGAAGUGAAUUUGAAACUCCUAUAUUGCAUGGAACAGCUGGAAAAUAGAGAAGCUUCUUUGAUGAAGCUUGAGAGCAACAUGGCGGAGCUCAUUAAGGAUAACUCUGAAGUAUGUGCUUUAAGGAAAGAAGUAAAAUUCCUGGAAGAACAGUUGAAAGAAUCUGAGUCCCAGCUGAAGAAUGCAAAUGUCUCCAAUGAAGCAAAAGAAGAGCAUCUUAGAGAGAUGAACAAUAUAAUCGAGUCUCUGAAAGAAAAUAUUUCUACUGCAGAAAGUAGGGCAGAAAGUGCCGAGUCCAAGAUUGCUCAUUUAGAAGAGACAAAUAUGGAACUUAAUGAAGAGCAGAAUUUUCUUAAAAACGCUCAUGAUAGUAACGCCAAAAAAGUGAGUUUACUUGAGAAACAGCUGAGGGAAUUUGAAGUUCAAUUACAGCAUGCAAGAGCAUCCUCUGAAGCAAGUCAAGAGCAGCAGAACAUGUUAUAUUCUGCAAUUUGGGAUAUGGAAACUUUAAUUGAGGAACUAAAGUCGAAGGUUUCAAAAGCUGAAAUUAAGACUGAGAAUACGGAGGAGCGAUGCGCCAUGUUAUCUGAAACCAACUUAGAUCUGAACAAAGAGGUAAUUUUCCUGAGAACUAAAGUAGAAUGCUUGGAGGCAUCUUUGGAGCAAGCCAAUGAUGAUAAAGUAGGAAGCGCAAAAGACAUCAAUGUCAAGACGAAGCUAUUUAUGGACAUGGUCAUGCAACUAGCCAUGGAAAGGGAGCAUAUCCAGAAGCGGCUAUCUUCUUUAGCAGAAGCAAAUAAAGUUUUGGUGGCAAAGUUACAGAACUCCGAAAGAAGGACAUCUGUGGUUACCCAUGAACAAGGAAGGAGCAAUGGUGAAAUGUCUCUUUCUGGAAAAAGCAGUGCAGUUCCAGGAGAAGCCUCAGAGGAUGCUGCAAUAGAAUCAUUUUCUAGAAAUUUUCAGGCGGCAGAAUUGUCACAAGAUGCACGGGCACCUGAGGCUGAAGUAGGGCCUUCUGUUUCUACAAACGAUGAUGCAGUUCUAAAGGUCGAGCCCGAGACAGCAGGAGAGGCAGGGGAACCCAGUGGUCAUAACCAAAUGUUUGUUCUUGUGGCAAUCCUUGUUCUAUUGGGUUCAAUGCUGGCAUCAUUCAUGCUAAACAAGAAAUCUCUUGUUUAAGAUGUAGAUAUCUAGCAGAUCUAUCAUUGCUUCAAUCUUUGAUCUCAGUUAAGUAGAUGUGUCCUGGAAUAUGUUGUUUGAAUAGAGCUUCAGAUUGAUUGGUUUUGCUCCCAAAAGAGUUUAUUUUCUUCCCCACAUUUGUUUUGUAUUCUUCCAUGAUUGUAUUUCUUCUUGUAUAGUGGUAAAUUUAGAAUUGGUUCCAUUUGUAUAUACAGUCAAGACAUUUGAUUUUCACAGAUGAAAGUUCUGCAUCAAUGUUCAUUUGUAAUAAAAGUCGGGUUGGUUUUGCUGUUA